AUGCCCAAGUCGCGCGCUUCGAGGGGAAUCCUCCUCACCUCAAACCUCCCCCAGCUCCAGAACCUCAUCAAGCGCGACCCCGAGGGCUACCGCGAAGAGUUCCUCACACAGCACAACCACUACCUCUCCCUCCUCCGCCUCCACACCCUCUCCUCCAACACCCCCUCCUCAUCUACCAACAACGACAAGUCCAACGACCUCUUUGCCGACCUCAUCACCUUUUGCUGCCAGGUAUCGCAGUGUUAUCCCGAGGAUACGAAGGAUCUGCCGGCACAGUUGCGUGGGCUGUUGUUGGGCGGGGAGAGCGGGAGUGCGGCGGUGGGCGGGGAUCUGAGGCGGACGGCGGUGAAGAAUCUGGUCAUGAUGAGGAAUAAGGAGAUUAUUGAUUCCAUCCAGCUGCUCCAAACGCUCCUCCCCCUGCUCCCCACAGUCCCCUCAAACCUCCGCGGCAUGAUCCGCCACACAAUCCUCACCGACAUUAAAACAUCCAACCUGAAAACCAAAAACCACCGCCUGAACCGUGUCGUCCAAUCCCUCCUCUUCGGCAUGAUCGAGUCGGGCAUGGGCGCCGAGGUCGUCGGUGACAAGGGGCGGAACAAGGGGAAGGCCGGGCGGGAGAAGGGCGGGGAGGCGAUGUGGGCUGUCAUGAUGGUGAAGGAACUUUGGAGGAAGGGGAUUUGGAAAGACGCAAAGACGGUGUCGAUUGUGGCGCUUGCGACGUUCCACCCGAAUACAAAGGUGCAAUCCGCGGCGAUGCACUUUUUCCUAGGGUCCGAGAAUGAGGAUGAAGACGACUCGGACGACGAGCCGGACGUGGCGGAUGCCAGGAGGGAUGUAAGAAAGAUGGAGCACAGGGCGCAGGUGGGGCAUAAGAAUAGGAAGAAGGUGACGCAGUUGGAGGGGUUGAAGAAGGAGGAGAACAGGAUCAGGAAGAAGAAGGUCGACAUGGCUGGUGUCACGCCCAACUUUCCCGCUUUGGAGCUUUUGCACGACCCUCAGACAUUCGGCGAGAAACUCUACGACAACCUGCACAAACACGACAAGAUCUACUCUCUCGACCACAAAAUCCUCAUCAUGCAGCUCCUCUCCCGCGUCAUGGGCUCCCACAAACUCUGCAUCCUCGGCUUCUACUCCUACAUCAUCAAAUACCUCACCUACCACCAACUCCAAGUCACGCUCAUCCUCGUCUCCCUCGCCCAAUCCGUACACGACCUCACCCCCCCAGAUGUCCUCACGCCAGCGAUCAAAAAGAUUGCGGGCGAGUUUGUGCACCCGGGUGUGGGGGCCGAGGUGAUUGCGGCGGGGUUGAAUGCGAUCAGGGAGGUUUGUAGGCGGCAGCCUUGGGGGAUGGAAGAGGAUCUCCUCGGAGAUCUUAUUGAAUACAGGAAGAGUAAGGAUAAAGGUGUCGUCACCGCCUCGAGAGGUCUCUUGCAGUUGUUCAGAGAAGUCAACCCGGGCAUGCUCAAGAGGCGUGAACGCGGAAAAGCAGCGGCAAUGGGUCUUAUCGGGAACCAAGUCCUUGCCUACGGCCACACCGCCGAGACACCCUCCGGUAUCGAAGGUAUCGAGCUCCUCGAAGCCCACCUCCGCCAACAACGCAAAGCCGCCGGCGACGAAGAUUCCCUCGCAGGCUCUGAUGUGGACAUGCAAGAUGUAGUGGACGAAGCCGACGAAGCAGGGUGGGACAAGUGGGACGCCGAGAGCGAUGACGAUUCCGAUUCGUCUGGCUGGCAGAGCGUGAGUAGUGGGGAUGAGGAUUUGGAUAUCAGUGAUUCGGAGGAUGAGACGGAUCGGAAGAGGGACAAGAGGGAGAAGAGGGAAAAGAAGCGGUUGCAGCGCAAGGGGCUGAAGAAGAAGGAGGGGGAGGAGGAGAGUGAGGAUGAGGGAGAGGGAGAGGAUGAAGAGAUGGAUGAUGGGGCGUCGGUGGCGCCGACAGAGGUCUCGCAAGCGACAAAGAAACUUUCGCUCUUGGCGCAACAAAAGAUCCUCACCCCCGCCGACUUUGCGCUCCUCAACGAACUCCGUCUCAAAGCCGCCAAAGACCUCGCCGCCUCCGGGGGCGGCUCCGCCGCCAAGCGCAAGCUCGCUGCCCUCGAAGCCUCUAAAAGACACGUCGACACGGACGAGUCGGACCGCUUCCUCACCGAUGCGGACAUUCUCGGUCCGAGGAAGAAGGCGAAAGCGACGUGGGAGGAGAGGAUGGAGAGUAUCCAGAAGGGACGUGAAGGGAGAGAAAAGUAUGGGAGUAUGAAGGGGAAGAAGAAGAAGGAUGCGCCGAGCAGUUCGACGAAUAAGGAGAAGGCGAAGAAUAAGCCGUUGAUGAUGGCUGUCCACUCCGACAAGGUCAUGCAGAAGAAGAAGGCGUCUUUGCGGGACAAGCAGAUCAGGCUUCGUGCGGCCAUCGACAAGCGCAAGAAGCAGUUCCAUUAG